UGUCUACAUUACUCCGUCCUUCCAUGCAAGACUCCGUCCCGCUUCGCGCCUCCUGCGUUCAGUUCCCUCUCGCCAAACCCGGCGGUCUCAUCGCCGCCGAUCAACUGCGCAUCUAAUGCUGUAGCGAACUUGAUUUUCCCGUUAACGACUGCUAUCGCCUCUGCGAAUCACCCGCUCUGACCGCCACACGCACCGCCUUUGAUGAAGCCCAACAGUCUUCCCCUCCUCACCCUUGAAAAUAAAAGGGAUGCGUAUGGAUUUGUCGUGCGCCCUCAGCACUUGCAGACAUACCGAGAAUACGCCAAUAUCUACAAGGAGGAGGAGGAAGAAAGGUCAAAUCGUUGGAAGGAAUUCCUUGAGAGUCAGGGAGCGUCGGACAAUGUGCCUGCUGCUGAGGGUAGUGAGAUUGUGUCGCCUGUUGCUGAAGCGACUAGUUUGGGUGACGAUCGUGGUUAUAUUGGACUGAGAAAAGGGUUCGGACCCGAGGAGAGUGAUGUGCAAGUGGAACAGGAGUUGAUACAUAAAACCCAAUGUUGGUCUCAGAUAAGGCCUUCUCUUGCUUUAAUUGAGCAGUGGAUGAGUGCUCGUGUGAAGAGGAAGACAUACUUUUUGAUUGACGAGGGAGAUGCCCAGAGAAGUGCAAAUGGAAUCGUGCAUAAUCAAGAGAUAAAGAUCUUGGAUGAUUCUGAGGAUGAAUUUUAUGAUGUAGAGAGAUCAGAUGUGAACCAGGAGGCUUCUUCUGGUUACGGAAGUGGCACUGAUGCAGCGGUCAAUCUGACUAAUCAGGGAGCACUGCCAGAGUCUUCCGUCCCUUGGAAGGAAGAGCUAGAGUUCCUCGUUAGUGGUGGUUUGCCAAUGGCCCUUAGAGGAGAGAUAUGGCAAGCAUUCACUGGUAUAGGGAAGCGCAGGGUGGAAGGGUAUUACCAAAACUUGCUGGCUCUAGAAACCAGAACUGUUGAGAGUAACGAAGUUGAUUUUUCUUCAAAUGAUGCCAGUGAUGUCCCAAAGAAAUCUAAUGUAAGUCAGUCAGAGAAAUGGAAGAGACAGAUUGAGAAGGACUUGCCAAGGACAUUUCCAGGACAUCCUGCUUUGGAUGAGGAUGGAAGAAAUACUUUGAGGCAGCUACUCACAGCUUAUGCUCGGCAUAAUCCAUCUGUUGGGUACUGCCAGGCUAUGAAUUUCUUUGCUGGUCUGCUAUUGUUGCUGAUGCCUGAAGAGAAUGCAUUUUGGACAUUAACGGCUAUAAUUGAUGAUUACUUUGAUGGUUAUUAUUCUGAAGAAAUGAUUGAAGCUCAGGUGGAUCAGCUUGUAUUGGAGGAGUUAGUUCGGGAGAGAUUUCCCAAGUUACUCAAUCAUCUCGAUUACCUAGGGUUGGAGGUGGCAUGGAUUGCAGGACCCUGGUUCCUUUCAAUAUUUGUCAAUAUGCUUCCUUGGGAAAGCGUUCUUCGUAUUUGGGAUGUUCUUCUUUUUGAAGGAAACCGUGUGAUGUUAUUCCGCACUGCUCUUGCUUUGAUGGAGUUAUAUGGCCCUGCAUUGGUCACGACAAAAGAUGCUGGAGAUGCUGUUAACUUACUGCAGUCACUUGCUGGCUCAACUUUUGACAGUAGUCAGCUUGUUUUGACAGCUUGCAUGGGUUAUCAAGUUAUAAAUGAAACAAGACUACUUGAGUUGAGAAAGAAGCAUAGGCCAACUGUUAUGGCUUUCAUGGACGAGAGAUCUAAAGGACUUCAUACCUGGAGGGACUCCCACGGACUUGCAUCCAAGUUUUAUGGUUUCAAAUGUGACAUUAGAUUUGAGAAAGCAAAUUCCACAGAGGUAGUAAAUGGUUCAGAUGAAGGUAAUGAUGACCAGCAAAUGGAGUCCGUGGAUGAAUUCAUUGGUAGUUUGACAGUUAAUUAUGAGUUGGAUUCUGAAUCUGAUCUUAAAAAACAGGUAACUUGGUUAAAGGCUGAGUUAUGUAGAUUGCUGGAGGAUAGGAGAUCAGCUAUCAUGAGGGCAGACGAAUUGGAGAUAGCAUUGAUGGAGAUGGUUAAGCAAGAUAACAGACGGCUCUUGAGUGCUAGGGUCGAGCAGCUUGAGCAGGAAGUUUCAGAAUUGCGGCAAGCUCUUUCAGAUAAGCAAGAACAGGAGCAGGCCAUGCUUCAGGUCUUGAUACGGGUUGAACAAGAGCAGAAGGUAACGGAAGAUGCCCGCAUGUUUGCCGAGCAAGAUGCUGCUGCACAAAAAUAUGCUUCCCACAUGCUCCAGGAAAAGUAUGAAGAAACCAUGGCUCUGAUUGCACAAAUGGAAAAGAGGGCUGUAAUGGCUGAAACGAUGUUGGCAGCUACCCUGCAGAGUCAGUCCAGCCCAACAAAAGCACAAGGGCCUUCAUCUACUUCUCCAAGGGCGUCGUUGGAUAACUCACAUGCAAGGACCAAUCAGGACACACAGCAGGAAGUUCCAUCUAGAAAAAUCAGCCUGCUUUCUAGACCAUUUGGUCUUGGCAGGCGUGAUUGAAUAAGGAAAAACCAAGCAACCUGGCAAAAGCAAGGCCUAUUCUGUCGGAGUUCAAAAUGAAAUUACUCCACCUGCAGAAGGUAUAAAUGGAUGAAACAUCAGUAGAAUUCUUUGUGAAGAGUAAGCCAUCUCUACAGCUAUUUUUCUGCUCCUCCAGUUUCUGCUGUUUUAUUCCAAUAUUUGCUGAUGAACAGAACAACCAUUAUUUGGAAAUGAGAGUUUUUUUUGGUCUGAGUUCUAUUUCAAAUUUCUGCAAUAAAAUUCUUUCUGCUGUAAUUUAUGUCAAAAGAACUGUAGCAUUUGUUUCAUCAGAUAAUUAUAAUAAUAAUGUCCUGUAGGGCAUUUGCUUCUCUUUCAAUGUAUCCCCACCAUCUUUCUACUAAACAUUGCAAGUGCUUUUCGGUUCAAUAGAUAACGAUUUCAGUUAAAUAUUACUGAAUUUUAUCAAGCUUUCAGUUUUGGAGAUGCACGUGCGAAACUUUUAGUGGAAAGUACUUCGUAGCCGUCUAUAUCCAUCCAGUCACCACCGACCUGCCAGCUAACGGUGAUUUUUUCAUGUCUAUUUCUUCACAUCUAACUUCCACUAAUUAUAUGAUGCAUGUUUUUUACUCGAG